AUGCCUGACGGUUCUGGUGAUAAACAUAACUUUGAUCAUACAUCGUCAUCGGAUUUAAAUUUUCUUCCUACUAAUAUCAUGGGAUUUUCUGAGAAUAAUGUAAACGAGUUGUCAAGUAACACUAUGAAUCAACUAUUUAACGACGGAAAUAAUAACAAUACAAUGACUAUAGGACAGCAACAUCCUUCUAUCUUCAAUAAUACUCAACAUCAUAGAAGUAAAGAUUCAAAUUCCACAAAGAAUAACAAUAAUAACAAUAAUAACAAUAAUAAUACACCGUCCAUGAAUCAUUCACAUCAACAUAACAGGGAAUCGUCUUCAACAAGAUCGAAACGUAAGAGAGUUCAACCAGAGGCAUUAAAAUUAUUGAAAAAUGUGUAUCGUACCACUUCUCAUCCCUCUAUAAAACAGCGGAAGGAAUUAUCCAGAAAGGUAAACAUGUCAGAAAGAUCUGUUACUGUAUGGUUCCAAAAUCGUAGAGCUAAUACAAAGAAAAAACAAAGAUUGGCCCAAGAGAAGAGACAGAGAAGGAAAGGUGACAGUAAAAGAUUUGCAUCCGAUUCAGAUGAUUCAUCAAAUGACGAUUCAGAUUCUUUGUCUGAUAUAUCCGAUGAGGCUGAUAAACUCGAUUCAUUUGAUCAAGCACCAUUAGAUAUUAAUAUGAACUAUAAUCUAAUAGAUAUUAAUAUCAUAUCUGUAGGAUCCUGGAAUCGUAGGAAGACAGGCAUAAUAUCUAAUAAUGGUCUGGAGAGGAUCAAAGAAAUGAGAAAUCUCUCACCAGAUUCAAUAUACAGGAUUCUUGAUAAUGAAACUGAUAUGGUUGUUUUAAUCUCAAAGAAGAAUCAAGAAAUUAACUAUUUCUUUUGUGCUCCAUCAGAGAAUGGGAAAGUCCUAUUUAGAAUGUUUUAUCCAAUACGAAUAGUUUCAAAUUGUACUUUAACUUUGGAAUCUGAUAGUGAUCUCACAUCAAAUAAGGAAACAGUUAAUAUUGGGGAAUUAAAAUUAGAUUUAGACAAACCACCCACUUUUGCAGUGCAUUAUUCCAAUAGUAAUAAUCCAGAUAUACAAAAUUUACCAAAUCAAAAUCAAUGGUCUUUAUGUGGUGAUUUUUCAGAUGGUAGACAGGUUAAUGAUGCAUAUGUAGGCGGAUCGAACAUGCCCCAUUGUUUAAAGGGUUUACAAUCAUCAUUGAUAUAUAUGAAUUCGUUGAUACUAGAUCAAAAGGCUUCCCGUAGUUCAUUGUCCAUGGAUAUUUCUCCAAAUGAUAACCUUCCAAUGUCAGGCUCUUCUAUGUCACCUGCCACAGAUUUAUCAAAUAUACCCCCAGCAGUAAUAGCUGCAGUUCAUGCAUCUAUUGCUGCAAAUGCAUCUCCUAAUAGCAUGAAUCAACAAACGCCAAUUAAUUUUGAUCCAAACAUGUUAUUAGGUUUAAAUUCCAGUGAUAUGUCUUAUUCUAACAAUAAUAUUGGCACGCCUAACGAUUCGAAUUUUUCACAACAACAAAGAAAUUUAUUAGAAAAUACACAUACGUUAUUAACUCCUUUCACACAACCACAUAAUCAAUCGGAUAACCCGCUGAUACCUCAUAACGAAAAUUACAGUGAAAUGGGUCUAAAUUCAAUCCAAUUGGAAGAUUAUUUCCUUGGUAAUAGUUAUUUGGCUGACGUAAAUGAUACACUUCUUUCGUCGUUUCCACCUCAUGAUAACCAUGAUACUAAUAAUACGUCAAAUAACAAUACUAAUACGAACCACAAUAAGAACAACCAUCCAUUUUGA